AUAACCACAGCUCAGCACUUCCCUGGACCACUGGGACACAGCGGAGGUUCAGGGCCAGAGGAGAGAUGACGACAGGCUGUGUGGGGGCCACCUUGGAGCCAGAGCACAACUUCCAGGAGCACACUGAAGAGGACACUGAGGGCCUCAGCUCAGAGCCGCACCACGAGGACCAUCUAAGCCUCACCACGGAGCUGCACCAGGAGGACCAUCUGAGCCUCACCACAGAGCUGCACCACGAGGACCAUCUGAGCCUCACCACGGAGCUGCACCACGAGGACCAUCUGAGCCUCACCACAGAGCUGCACCAUGAGGACCAUCUGAACCUCACCGCGGAGCUGCACCACGAGGACCCUCUGAAAAAGCCUCGCCGGAAAGACACACCUGUGCUCAACUCUCCACCACACAUACCAGGUGUGCGUCAGAUGAAAGCAGAGAAGAACACGGUGUACUUAGAGGACCAGGAGAAGGAUGUUGGGGAUUAAACUCUUCACUGCUUUUUAGAACAUGUGUUUUGUAUUGUUGACAAAGUUUUUAUGUGCACUGUUUAUUUAGCCCUACAACCUAUACAGACUUUUAUGGCACAACACCAUACCCUAUACCAGCAAGUAAAUGUAUAUGUAACAUUGCAUUAACUCCUUGCAAAAAAUCCUGAAAAAAAACAAACAUUGCAUUUGCAUUUGUGUCACUUAUUUAUUGUUAUUGAUUAUUUUUUUGAAAAGACACUGGAACGUACUACAUUAAAAUGCCACAGGUUCAAAAAUGGCAAGGUUACAGAAGUAGCUCACCACCAGCACAAGGGCAAACUGCAUUUUUCUAGAGGAAUCCAUAACCCUCUUCACACUUUUAGUUAAAAUGAGAUAUAUUUUUAAUAAAUAUGCAACUAAUUAUGAAUAAGUAUGUUGUGUUGUUCAGUAAGAUGCUGGGGAGAGCUGCAUCUGUAGACUUUUGUUUUUAUUAUUCAUUCUUCAAAGAUGCAUGUUAAUAUUACACCAGAAGUUGAACGGUACCAGAACUGAUCCCUGUGGAACCCCUAAUGUUUAUUUCAAUCAUAUACAAAUCCACAGUGCUCUCAGAGAAGACAAUCAGAACAGAACUUUGUUAAAAUAAAUACAGACACAUUUCAUUACCUCAUAAGGACACAUGAUUCUGUGCGGCUGAAUGGCUUCAUGGUAGAGCAGCGGCACAUAUGCAGUUUGCUGAAUGUCUUUACUACUCUCUUCUCAUGUUUGUAGUAUACUCUGUCAUAUCAAAUAAAGCCUUAUAUGGCCAUAAUAUUAA